GGGAAGCCUCUACACGGCUCUUCCAAUCGCACCAGAGAGGGAGGGAGAGACAGAGAGAGAGAGAGAGAGAGAGAGAGAAAAAGAGUAAGAGUGUGGUUAUCUUCAAAAAGGGGUGGGAACGUUGAACCUGGAAGCUGAAAAGUUGAAAAGACUGUAAACAGGAAUUAAAACUGUAAGAACGUGGAGGCACUCGAAUCAACUGGAAGAGGAAACCGGUACAGCAAGACCAGCUCACUUAAAGGUGAAGAAAGGUAAAGAACAAAACCAUUUUCCUGAGUAAAGUUAUCUGUCGAGACCAAGAACAGCCUCAGAAUGGGAGAAGAUGCAGUGCAGGCAGAGAGGAGCAGCAUGGUCAGCACGCAUGAGAACCAGGAGCUGGUGGUGCCAAGCCCCAGCCCCACUCAGUCUUCACCCACCCAUAGCCUCUCCCAGCUGGGCACUGGCAAUAUCAACGCCUCUAGCGGAGAACCUAGUAGCCCCGGAGCUGGGGGCACCACAGGCACUCUACCUAGAGAUGGAGCUUCACCCACAGGCCAAGUGAAUGCCAUCACUGUCCUGACACUUCUAGAUAAGCUGGUGAACAUGCUGGACACAGUGCAAGAGAACCAGCAUAAGAUGGAGAUGAGACAGGUCGAGAUGGAAGGGGCGGUGAGGGGCAUCCAGAACGAUAUGACCAAGCUCUCCAAGAGUCACACUUCCACCUCCAACACGGUCAGCAAACUCCUGGAGAAGAGCCGCAAGGUCAGUGUCCACAUGAAGGAGGUCAAGGACAAGAUGGAUAAGCAGGCCGUCCAAGUGAAGAAAUUGGAGGCCAACCACGCUCACCUGAUCAAGAGGAACAACUUCAAAGUGCUCAUCUUCCAGGAGGAAAAUGAAAUCCCUUCAAGUGUCUUUGUGAAGGAACCUGCACCGUUACCUGAAGUGGAGGAGGAGACCCCGGCCAUUGAUGCCAAUCGUUCUCAAGAGGAGGGCCUUCACACCAUCACCCUCUCCUCGGAUGAGGAGCAGGGACCAGAAGAGGAUGACGAUGAAAUUUUGAGGGUUUUGGAUCUCGAAGAUGAAACCAGAGUCGAAAAGUCUCGAGCUGAGAAGAUCAAGCGUUCCAGUCUGAAGAAAGUGGACAGCCUGAAGAAAGCUUUCUCCAGGCAGAACAUUGAGAAGAAGAUGAACAAGUUCAGCACCAAGAUUGUGUCCCAAGAGAAGCGUGACAAAAUCAAGAAGAGUCUGACACCGAACCACCAGAAGAACCCUAGUGCCAAGAGCUCCUCUUUCAAGGUCUCCCCUCUCACCUUCAACAUCAAGAAGAACCGCAGUGGGGAUGGGGAACCAGAUGCUGAGGCCGCAGCUCAAUCUGAGAGCUCGCCAAGUGCUAUCGCUUCCAUCGAACUGGCCCCGAUUGACAGCCCAACUGAAGACCUGUCCUUCAAAGAGGUUCACUCCCAACUUGCACCAGGACAAGAAGAAGUAAAGGCAGCUGUGGAGGCAAUGGAGAAAGAUGAGGUGCCCAGCAUCCUGAAUGGCACAGCUGAGGUUGAGCUGUCGAUCACAGAAGAUGUAAGCGAGGAGUAUGCUCUUUCUGCGACCCUGCCCCAGGACGCCUCCCAGAUAGAGGUGUCCCACAAAGCUUUACAGGAAGAGGAUGAAGAGGAGGAAAAGGAAAGAGUGGAGAGUGAAGACAGCCCUCUAGCAGAAGCUGCAGGCCAAGCAGAGGGUGUUGCUGUAGGACAAGCGUCCUAAUGCCCUAACCCUCCAUUCCAGCCCCAGGAGACCCUCCUAAGCUGAGAAAACACUCUCUACCGAGUCCCUUAUCAGUGCCAGCCAUCCCCGCCAAGAACCCAGACAUCUGCCCUGUCCUUGCAAAAUACAGACUUACAAUACAGUCUAUUCAAAGGCAAAAUGCAUGAACUAUAUGACAUUUGCUUCAAAAUCCCAUAUCGCUGUUGUCAGUCCCUAGUCUUUUAGCAGAAGUGAAUGUGGUCUUAUCAGUUAAUCUUAUCCAGCAGUGUGUUACAAACCUAACGCUUGUGAGAAACCCACUCCAGCUGGUAUUACUGGACAUUCUGUCUUCCUCUGGUAGUGACUACCUGUCAGCUGAGAAAGUUGGCGAAGGAAAACAAAUUGCUUACAGCCAAAGGAUUCAACAGACGCCAAGUGCACUCCAUCUAUCCGAUGGACACGUUUUGACCAUAGCCUGGUUUUCAUCCCACAAUCCCACAAUUCAUUUCUUCUGGAACAGCCUGUGCACAGCUGAAAGUGAUAUUGAUUUCAUGCAACCCUGGUCCAAUUAGGUUUUGUUUUAGAGAUUAAACAGCGCAAAUAUACUGCCAUGUACUAUCUCUGCAUUUAUCAGAAAUGUGUAACGUACUCAAUUUUACAUUUUGAUUUUAAUCAAGUCACACUAAGUAUACUGUGAACGUAGAGAGCAAAAAUUGUGAGAAAGCUAGCUGGAAGCGUAUUGUCCUAAACUAAACUACAAAUAUAAUUUCUGAUUUCUAGAUUUCUGCUUUGUAGUGACUAAUAAACAUUUAGAUAACCUUUUUUCUGACCUGAGUGAGCACAAGACAUGCUCAUGCACACUUUAAAUCUGGAAUGCGGUUUACAGGGGGGAUCCUGGUCUUCCCUGAGCUCCACAUAUGUCUCGGACCUUACUCAGAAAGCAUUCCUGCUUUUGAUAUACGGCUCUUUUCAGAGACCAUUUCUCAAGCUCCCGUUGGCAUUGUGCUGGCUGAGAAACAGGCACUGUGAGGCCAGUCUAGAUUACAGGCAUAUUUCUGAAAGUGAUGAAGGAGACGAUCAGCCCAGUUGCAUGCAAAUAAGCCAGAGAAUUGUGGAAAGUGGUGGAGAACUGAAAAAGUAUGAAAAGUGAAAUUCUGUUUAGAUUGUUGUACUGGAGUUUCAAAAUGUGAUAACUAGGGAAAUACAAAAUCCCCUUCAUCACUUUGGAAUAAAUGCAGUUAACUGAUAUUUGUACACACAUCAUCACUUGCUAUUAUACAAAUCUAUAAAUAUAAUAGUGCUGUCAGCGGAUGAGGAACAGCACUGACCAAUCAAGUCUGAAUUGAUUUUGUGAGACAAUGACAAUAGAGUUUGGUUCUUAUGUGUUUUAUAUAAGUCAGAGUAAGUAGGAAUCUAUUUUGUGUUUAUUUCCAGCAUAUUUUCAUUUCAGUAUUUCAGUGCUGAACAAAAAUAUAAAAGUGUGUAUCUUUGCUUUGGGUGGAUGUCUCUUUCAGAUGAAAAGGGAUGAGGUUUUACUUCUUUAAAAAUAUAACAAAUUUUAACUAAUUUUUGCUGAUGCUUGUUUUCCCUAAUCUGUAUUUGCAUAUUCUUUAAGAUGUUAACUGCAUCAAUGACUUCAUAAUAUAUAAGAGAGCUAUAUGUUGUCUUGGUUAUAUUUUAGAAACAUUAUGAUUCGUGCCAAAGAAAAGGCUCAGUUAUAGCAGAGACCUCAUAACGUUUCUGUGACACCUGUUUACCAAGUUGUUUCACGAUCUGUUCACAUUGUUCUUAUAAUGCAAAUAAAUAAACAUGUUGAACUAUG